CUAUAAAUUAUUUCAAGAUACAAUUAAUAUAUUCCCGGAUAUUUUUCCCGUAUCAUCUUAAUAUGGAAAUUAAGUGCAGAGAUCUAAUCUGGAGAAAAAUAAUUACCCUAUUUCCCUAGUCAUUAAUUUGGAACAAAUCUUUGUACCCAACUCGGAUAUCUUUUUUUAAGAUUUAUAAAAAAAUUCAUCACCUUUUAAAUUUUUUUUCUGACAACAACGAACACUAUAAGUACACAAACCCAUCCCUUCUUCAUUCCUCACCAAAAACUAUAACACAAACACUUACAAUAACCGUGUUCUCUUCAGUGUCUCUGUUUUUUUCUUUCUUUCUCGAAAAAAACCAAUUUGCAACACGAUGGGUCUCAAAGGGUUUUUCGAAGGUGGUGUUGCAUCCAUUGUUGCCGGCUGCACCACACACCCACUUGAUCUCAUCAAAGUUCGCAUGCAGCUUCAGGGAGAAAAACUCUCUCUACAACCCAACCCCCCAAUGCAAAAUCUACGCACAGCUCUUGCUUUUCACUCAAACUCGUCAAUUGUUGUUCCUCGUACCUCGUCCGUUGUUCCUGGACCCAUCUCUGUCGGCGUCCGCAUCGUCCAGUCCGAGGGUGUCUCCGCUCUGUUCUCCGGCGUGUCCGCCACCGUGCUCCGCCAAACGCUCUAUUCAACCACCCGCAUGGGUCUCUACGACGUGCUCAAGCAAAAGUGGACGGACCCCGAACGCGGCACCAUGCCUCUCGCGCGUAAGAUAGCGGCGGGUCUUGUCGCCGGCGGGAUCGGUGCCGCCGUCGGGAACCCCGCCGACGUGGCGAUGGUCCGCAUGCAAGCCGACGGUCGGCUUCCGGCGAGUGAGCGGCGGAACUACAAGAGCGUGUUCGACGCAAUACGGCGCAUGGCGAAUCAUGAGGGAAUUGGUAGCCUGUGGCGCGGUUCAGCGCUUACGGUGAACCGCGCUAUGAUCGUUACGGCUUCACAGUUGGCUUCGUAUGAUCAGUUCAAGGAGACAAUUCUUGAGAAAGGGUGGAUGAAAGAUGGGCUUGGGACCCACAUCGCGGCGAGCUUCUCGGCGGGGUUUGUGGCGGCGGUGGCGUCAAACCCCGUGGAUGUGAUUAAAACUAGGGUUAUGAACAUGAAGGUGGUGGCAGGUGAGAAACCACCCUAUAAUGGGGCUUUGGAUUGUGCACUCAAGACUAUUAGGGCUGAAGGGCCCAUGGCCCUUUACAAGGGUUUCAUUCCCACUAUUUCGAGACAGGGACCUUUUACUGUUGUCCUCUUUGUGACCCUUGAACAAGUCAGGAAGCUGCUUAAGGAAUUUUGAUCCACAUUCACUAUUCAUUCAUUUGAUUUGAUUAGAUUAUGACGAAGAUGAUAAUUAAUAAAUAGUUGUAGUCCUAAUAGCUUGGAGUUUUUUUUUUUUGGGAUUUUUUAGUUAUUUUGUUCUUGAGAUUUUAGUGUUUUUGAGAAUAUUAUACAGUGAAUAUACCAUCCUCAAAUUUUGGGAAGAGCACCUUUUUGAGA